AAAGUUAGAAAACAGAGAGUAAACAAGCACAACACAACUCAACAACAAUGGCAGAUUCAUUAACACUCUCACUACUAUCAAAUGUUCCAGUUCCAAAUCCAGUACUUUCAACAAAAUCUCAACUCAAAUGUAGUGUUCUUUUUCGACAAAAUCCAUGUUCUAUUUCGUCGAAAAUUGGUAUGAAAUGUGUUGGAUAUAGAUCAUCAACAAGAUUGUAUGCAGGGUUAACGGAUAUAGAACCAGAUAUUAAUGAAGAUCCUGUUGAUCGAUGGAGAACUAAUGGCAUUGACAUUGAAGAUUUUGUGUUUGGAAAGUACGAUGAUCAUCAUACCUAUUUUGAGAGCGAAGAUAAAUCAACAUUUUGGGAAUCUAUAGCUGAAGAUUAUGCAGCUGUUGCACCCCCAAACGGAUUUCAAGGUAUUAUUUCAUGGCUAUUUCUUCCAGCAAUUGCUGCUGGAAUGUACUUCAAUGUUCCAGGGGAGUAUUUGUACAUUGGAGCAGCUGUGUUUACUGUUGUGUUUUGCAUUAUUGAGAUGGACAAACCAAGUGAAGCCCACAAUUUUGAGCCUCAAAUAUACAAUAUGGAGAGAGGCGCUCGAGACAAGUUAAUAUCGGAUUAUAACACCAUGGACAUUUGGGAAUUCAAUGAGAAAUAUGGCGAUUUAUGGGAUUUCACUGUUAAGAAGGACGAUAUUAUGAAAAGAUAGAGGAAAAAUGAAGUGAAUUGUGUUCUGAAUCAUCGACAUCCUAGUUGUAUAACUAAAGGUAUAUAUUCCCUUUUUCGUAUUUUGUUAUGCUGGAAUUGGAACUAUUGCAAAGAUAGGAUUGGAUAAGGAUGUUUUUAGUGUCAUCGAUUACUCGGAGAUGCAAAUGUGCUAGUGUUUGCUUGGCUUGUACAGUUCAAGAAUUGGAAGUGCAGGGUGUUUGGCAUAGCUUAUUAAGGAACUGGGAAGUUUCUAAUGUGUAUGAUUCAAAUGCAAUAAUAAUGCCAACUUUCUAAUUGGAUUUCCAAAUGUUCAAGGACAAGGUAUAAGUACUAGGAAAGUAGCUAGAUUCAUGUAUAACAGAAAUGGUGGCUGUAAACAAGGCUUAUGAAAAAUGUCUACUAUAAUUUCCAAGCA